AAUAAAUAAAUUUAUAUUAUAUAUUAAUAAAUUAGAAUAUAAAAAAAAAAUUAUUGUAGGAAAAUCUGCCACACCCCUCACCCUCACCGGACGGAAAUACCCCGCUCGGAUCCUAAACUCCUGCGGGGGUGGGAAUGGGAGGAGGGAUUCCCGCCCCGACCAGUGCUGUUGCCAUUCCUAAGAAUUAUUUGACGGACGAGGAUGUGAUCGAUCGCUACCACCUUCAAUUCCCUUCAGUUCCAAAGCCUCAAAGUAACAACAACACCUACAACAACAGUAAUAGCGUUUCCUCAGCAACUCAAUCCAUCAGUGUCCAUGAACUGCUCGAAUGCCCUGUUUGCAACAAUUCUAUGUACCCUCCGAUUUAUCAGGUUUUCCACUGUUUUGGCCAGUACUUUUGUCUGCAUUUUGAAGCCUUCCAGCUUUGGAUGGCACUGUUUAUAUGGCAUUCCUUCAUUUUAUUUAUGGGACAGGAGUGUGUAAUUACAGCUACAGCCUGGAGGUUGGGGGAAAUAGGCGGAAAUUCAUUUGGGAAGUUACCUCACGAAGCUUUAGAGAUAGCCACAUGAAGGUUAGGGAUAGCCAUGAUGGCCUCAUUGUAAGAGGAAUAUGGCACUUUUCUUCUGUGGAGGGGAUAGGAAAGAGUUAAAGCUUCGAGUGACAGGGCGAGUAUGGAAAGAACAGUAGAACCCUAGUAUGCAUAGGUUGGCUAGUGUUCUCUCUCUCUCUCUCUCUCUCUCUCUCUUCCUUGUGCUGUGUCUUUCUGUAAUAUUAACACGUUCAGAUAUCUUGUAAAUCUAUGUGUGAAUAAUGGAAGCUGGACCUAUAUAAAUUAUCAAUAAGCUAUCUGAAGAAAUUUAUUC